UAACGAGCGUUUAUCAAAGCGAAAAAGACGAAGUUAUUAUUCAGUCCGAAUCAUUUUGUGAUUCGGUUCAAUUUAUUCGGUGAGAAGAUUCAAAACAAGAUCUGCUCGUUCACCACCAGUCAGAGGUCGCUAGAUCGAGUCUAACAGAGCAGUUUCCUUUUGGUGCAGUUUGCUUAAAUGACACAUACUGCAUCUUUUUCUCCCACUGCACUAAAGUAGUGAUCAUGGCGGCAUCUCUCAGCUGUUCUGCUGGCUUUGUUCUCGGCAUGGAUUUGGGCACCACAUCAGUUAAAGUGGUGCUGCUGGAUGCGCGGUCAAAGACAGUGACAGACAGCAAGAGUUUCCCUACAAACUCUGAUAUCAGCAGCACUUCAGACGAACAUGCUAAAGAGCAGGAUCCUUCACUAAUAAUCUCUGCUCUGGACCAGUGCAUGGACGCUUUACCAAAAGACAAGCUGAAAAAAGUCAAGUGCAUUGGAGUGUGUGGACAAAUGCAUGGCGUUGUGUUGUGGAAAUCUAAAUCAGGCUGUGAACGGCUAAGUGAAGAUCAUGGAAAUAUUAGAUUCAAUCCUGAAGAUGUCAGUCAGCUGAUCACCUGGCAGGACGGCCGCUGCGGUGCUGACUUCCUGUCUUCCUUACCCAAACCAGAUUCACACCUGAGCGUGGCCACUGGCUUUGGUUGUGCCACCAUCUUCUGGUACAUGAAACACAGGCCGGAGUUCCUGUCAAGUUUCAGUGAUGCGGGCACCAUCCAAGACUAUGUGGUCUCCAUGUUGUGUAACCUUGACAAAUGUGUCAUGACCGGACAAAAUGCUGCCAGCUGGGGCUACUUCAACACAAGCACCAACACGUGGAACGCACAAAUCCUGAAGGAGGCAGGUUUCCCCGUGCAGCUCUUGCCGGUCGUGGUGGAGUCUGGAGCUGUGGCCGGUCACACAUCCUCUGAGUGGUACGGCAUCCCUGCUCACACAGCGGUCGGGGCGGCGCUGGGAGACUUCCAGUGUAGUGUCUACUCCUGCAUGACUGACAAGGGAGAUGCAGUACUGAAUAUGAGCACUUCAGCGCAGCUGACGUUCACCAUGCCUGCAGAGUUCACCGCUCCCAAUGCUCCGGACCCCCUCUCUCCUGUUGCUUAUUUCCCAUACUUGCACGGCUCUUACCUGGCAGUGGCCGCAUCUCUUAAUGGAGGCAAUGUCAUGGCCACAUUUGUCAGAAUGCUGGAAUCGUGGAUGAAAGAAUUAGGAUUGGAAAUAAAUGAGUCCCGAAUCUACUCCCAACUAAUCCAGUCUGCUCUGGUACAACCUAGCACUGACCUAACCGUGACAGCAGCGCUACUAGGAGAGCGACAUGACCCCGCUUCCAGUGCUAGUGUCUCCCAGAUCUCACCCUCUAACCUCUCUCUGGGUCAUGUGACUCGUGCUGUGUGCAGGGGUGUUGUUGAAAACAUGGCCACUAUGAUGCCCCCUCAGAGCCUGCAGGCCGCUGGAGUGAAGUGUAUUAUUGGUAGCGGCAGAGCUCUGACAUGUAACACGGUUCUGCAACAGGAAGUAGAGAGAGUAUUUACAUUUCCUGUAGUCUACGGCAAAGAUGUUGACUCGGCAGUUGGAGUUGCCAUGCUGUUUAAUGACCAAACGUAAGAUAUAACAUUAAAAUUGAAAGUCAGAAAGAUAUAACGUUUAAAAUUCUGUUAUUACUGACCCUCAUGUCAUUCCAAACCUGUGAGGCCUUUGUUCUUCUUCAGAACACAGAUUAAGAUAUUUUUGAUGAAUUCUAAGAGCUCUCUCACCCACCCAUAGACAGCA